AUGGGUUUCUCGGCGCUGUGGCGGACUAAGCCCAUGUCGGUGAUUCAAGCCGAGGAGAUCAAGGAGGACAUCCCGCGCACACUCAAUCUGUUCGACCUUUGCUGUAUCGGUAUUGGCGGUACCAUCGGCAGCGGUAUCUUCUCCACCGCCGGUUCCAUCAUCUCGGAGACUGCUGGCCCCGCUGCCGUCGUCAGUUGGCUUAUUGGUGGCGUUAUCUGCUGUCUCAAUGCGCUUGCGUACAUGGAGCUGUCUACCCGUGUUCCGUCCUCUGGAAGUACAUACGCGUACGCCUACCACACGAUUGGAGAGCUCCCUGCUGUCGUCGCUGCAUGGCUGUUGACUCUCGAGUACGCUGAGUGGCUGCUCGUUGAGUACCCGGACAAGAGCUUCCACUGGCUCAACCUGCAGUCUGCUAAUCUCAGCGGUGGUCUCAUCCAGUUCCUGAGUAUGGUGGUGCUGUUAAUGGGCGUUCGAUUUGGCAAAGCUUUUGUGAACACCGUAACGAUAGUCAAGAUCGUCGUCGUGGCUUUUAUCAUCAUCGCCGGCUUCAGUGCCAUGAACCCGGACAACCUCUCUCCAUUCGUCCCUACACGCUCUGAUCUGGAGGGUACGACGGCGUUCGGAACGCAGGGCAUUAUCACUGGCACUUCGCAGGCGUUCUUCGGCUACGUUGGCUUUGAUGAGAUUUGUUGUCUCGCAGGCGAGGCCAAGAACCCGAAGAAGAUCAUGCCAAUUGCCGUUAUGUCCGUUGUGAUCGGCACAAUGGUUCUUAGUGCGCUCUGCUCCCUGGUUCUCGCCGGCUUGGUGACUUACGUCGAUGCUGGCAGUUUCGGCGAUGGCUUUGAAGGCCACGGUUGGAAAUGGGCGGGAACUAUCGUCCGUGCUGGUGAAGUGGUGACGAUGCCCGUCGUAGCACUCAUUGGCUUCUUGGCGCAGCCUCGCUUGAAUUACGCACUCGCCUGUGACGGACUAUUGCCUCGUGUCUUCGCUGAGGUGGAUUCCAAGGGCAACUUGUUCAAGAACACGCUCAUCACGGGUCUGUUCUUCACGGUGAUUGCCAUCGUGGUGCCCUUCGAUACCCUCUGGGACAUUGUCAACUUCGGUGUCAUGAUGUCGUUCAUCAUUGCAAACGUCUCCCUCACGCUGGCGCGAAUGAAGCCACAGUCGCCGAAGCUGUCUCCGCUCCUGAUUGCAGCGCUCGUCGUGACCGCUGGAUGCACGGCCUUCCUUUACCAGGAAGGAUACGAGAACAACUCUUCGACUGCGUGUCUGGUUCUCGCUAUUAUUUUCCUCGUUAUCACCGUCGGAAUCUCGGUAAUUCUCUUCGUCAAGUGCCCGCAAUCAGCCAAUGCGCCCGGUUUGUUCGCCGCCCCGUUGGUGCCGUUCAUUCCGACGAUCUGCAUCCUCGCCGACUGGUACAUGAUCGCGCAGAUCGGCCAUUUGGCUCUGGGUCUAAGUGUCGCCUGGAUGGGUGUUGGCGCUCUCUCUUACUUUGUCUACGGACACUUCAACGCCGAAUCGCGCGACAACUGGAGUCAACUGAUGGGUCAGAGCCUUCCUCUUCACGGGGACAGCCUCUCGGCACCCAUGCUCUCGGCCAAGUACUCCUCGGUGCAGGACCUUAAGUCCCCCGCCAUAUAG